AUCAUUAUUAUUAUCACCAUCCCCAACAUCAACAUCAACAUCGGCCUUGUGCAAGUUGCUUAUUCCCGCCCACAUAUAGCCACCGAGUUCCCUCGUCGAUCGGUCUUAUUCAUUCCACACUUGUCGAACGGUACCCCCACAGCCAUGGGCUGCAAGCGCAAGCACUCGUCCGACGACUCGUCACUCUCCAUCUCCAGUUUCGGCGCUGUUUCCCCAAAUAAUCUGGAUGCCUCGAUGGACUUGGAUGCCUGCCUACGAUCUAAUGGCUGGGACUUCAUGAGUGCGGGUCGAGUCAAGAGCAGCGACUGGGGCAAUCGAACAUGUAAAAGAGUGCGCGACAACCGACCAGAUGAGCGCGCAAUACAUGAAAAUACUCUAAACAAGCUCUUUUCUGCACAGCGCAACCAUCGGGAUAUCAUAGCCCCAACAUCCCACUCCCUGUCAAGCCAGCAGUCUACCUUGGCCAUCUCAAAACCGCAAAAGUCGACAUUACACUCCUUCUGGAAAGAACUACCUGCGCCACCUGUCCAACCCAUUUUCUCGAUUCCCGUGCAACUUAAUCAGAGUUCUUCACCGCUGGCUCGCUGUGACGACUGCGAUACACCAUUGCGGGGCGAACACGAUAGUAUGGAUAUUGACAUGGAUACAGACUUGGAAGGAUCUGUUGAGGGUAGUUCAUUUGCGUGCAAUGACUGUGGGAGAAACGUUUGUGGUACAUGUGCAGUUGUCUCAGCGACAAGACACUGCUUACAGUGCGCGACCACGGGAAACAAUUCACGGCCGUAAAGAUUAGAGCGUUUUAUUUUUUUCUAGUUUAUUUGGUUUGCAGCACUAUUUGUAUCACUAGCAUCGUUGUAUAUGGGGCAAUUGGCGGGAAAAUUUAUCCAGCGAGCUUAUGCAGCAAGGCGUCCAGGGGUUGUUGUCAAGUAACAUGGGACGAAUUAAGCUUUCAUUUGCAUAAUUAACUCAGAGUUACUAGUAA